AAUUUGUCACGCGAGUCUCACGGAAAUCCCGCGGGAGCAAACAUCUCCGCUACAGUUGCACUAUGUUGAAACAUUUCCGUAUCCGAACAGCCAGAACCAAACGUUUCAGAGCGAUUAGCGUAGCAUCUCGAAACAACCUGUACAUUACACGGAAGAAGGAAAGUUUUCCUUCUCUUGAUUUGCCGCCGAAAGUUUACAGUAUUGCUUGUAAAAGUUCCCGUUUUUAUACUCUACACCAUAGAUUUUGCGCAAAAAAAAGACAAUGUCUUACUUUUCGAAAAGCACGCAAACGAUGUCAAGGAGGCUUGAGGAUGGCAAGUUUGACGAUAAUUUGGAAGAGGCGGAUUCGGUCUCACAGCUUCAGAAGUUAUCGUCGAAGAAUUGCUUGGAAUUGGGCGAGGGCGCCAAUGUGGACAGCUGUCGUCCAUCUACACGGGAUGCGACUUCAAGACCCGUGGACAGCGUUCAGUAUGGACCCAGGCCUGUUUCCCGAUUAGAGAAGGAAACCCGGGAGCUGAUUGCGGCUUACUUAUUUCGAUCAGCCGGAUUGCCCCACUCAUGUAGCCGCUCUGGAAGAAAACCUUUCGACAUCCUUGUUCGUGCUGAGGAUCGUUUAAUCGAAACCAACAGAUCAUGGUUUAACGAAGCUGUGCAGACAAUUGAUGUCUCCCAGAAGGAAGUCCUUGAGAACACGACCGGUGUUGCUCAAGCCAUGCUCACCCAGAAAGUAAUGAAAUGGAGAUAUGUUCUGAGCUUCAUGAUGUAUGGGUCAGUUGUAGCCAAGCACCUAAAGGAAGUCAACCAGGAGCAUUGCAUCCUGCCCUUGGCAGACCUCAUGUCUGCCUUACUGCUUAAACAUUGUAAGGAUUGGAUUGUGAAAAAUAGAGCUUGGGAAGGCUUUUCAGACUAUUAUCACUUUCUCGUCCGUGAUCAAGAAACAUGGCAGUUCCCACUCACCUGUUUAGGAUUGUCGUUUCUUGCAGCUCUCCUUGUUUGUUUGUUUGAGUUAAUGUGAAGUUUAUUUAAGGAACUGCAGCA